AUGGGAAAGUCAAAUUUAGCAAAAGAACGACUUAAAAGUGGAACUUUCGGGGUUGUUAUGGAUGUUACUAGCGUUAGUACUCUUCGUGAAGAUGCAAUUGUGGGUAAAGCUGCGUAUAAAGCCGUUUAUGGUGGUUCCGAGAUCAGUUUAAAAAGCUUGAAGGAUCGAGAAAAAAAAUCCUCACCUACCUUGCAUUCUCUCGUAUGGUCCUCUAGUAAUCAGUUGCCAAAAUAUUGGAUGAUUUUUCUUAGUGAUAGUAGCGAAGGGUUAUAUUUUAUCUGUUUAUUUGGUUGA